CUUUGCUACAAGGCAGUUGCAGCGGUCUUUCUGUAAUUCCAAAACCUUUCUGGAACCGUCCCUUAUUGCAGUUUCCAAUCAGUUGCUUCUUUUCUUCUCAUCUUCCUUCCGCCCAUCCCUCCGGCUCCAAGGGAGUCAAUCCUCUGCUGCAAUUGCAAUGCUGCAGACUGUAGUCAGCCAGCUUUACCUCCUCCACCUUUCAUGGCUUGCUUAACCCUUUUCCGACCAUCAUUUUUCUCUCUGUAUUCCUCUCCCUCUCCCCCUUCCUCUGUUUCCCAUCUCUGCUCCUCCACAACUUACGCCAGGUACACAGCAACUUUACCUUCUACUAAUCCUUCGAUCCGCUGUUCUUGCUCGAACCCUUCCGAUUCUCCUCGGAAGCCCUCGACUCUGAGUACUUGGUCCAACCAUUCAUGGGUUCUGGUUCCAAUCCUUCGCGAGAUCGGAGGGAAGACUUCCUCGCACACCAAGAAAUGGGUUUCUCUACUGCAAUCCUACAGCCACGAAGCGGACAAGGAAGCGGGCGGUGGGAAUUAUUUGCAUAACAGUGGGUUUGGAUUGGCAUUGUUGAGCAUAACCUCCAACGCUAGAGUCAAAUUUAGUCCGUUUGUGGCAGCACUGGCGGCGAACCCAACUUUCUUGUCCGGUCUACUGGCCUGGUUCGCUGCUCAAUCGAUUAAGGUGUGUCUAAAUUUCUUCGUGGAGAGGAGAUGGGAUUUCAGGAUUUUGUUUGCAUCAGGUGGGAUGCCGUCUUCCCACUCUGCUCUCUGUACUGCUUUGACGACGUCGGUAGCGUUUUGCCAUGGCGUAGCUGAUUCUUUGUUUCCAGUUUGCUUGGGGUUUAGCCUUAUAGUUAUGUACGAUGCUAUUGGCGUCAGACGCCAUGCCGGGAUGCAAGCUGAGGUAGAAUUACUAUAUUGGGUGGAUAGUAUGAUUUAUAAUGUGGAAAAGGUUCUCAAUAUGAUCGUUGAGGACAUGUUCCAAGGCCAUCCAAUAAGUGAAAGAAAGUUGAAGGAACUUCUGGGUCAUACUCCAUCCCAAGUCGUUGCUGGAGCUUUGCUAGGGAUCUUGGCAGCCUGUAUUUGUUGCCAGAGUGGCUUAGUUGCGACCUAAACAGAUAAAUAAACGACAACAAGCUAUGUUUAUCCUUUGGGUUUGUGCCAAAUGAUCCAACGGGAACUCCCAUGUCGUAACCUCAUGGCAUUUGUUGUUUGCUUCAUUGAAUGACACUGUCGUUUUCGAUACUUGAAAAAUAGACGACAAUGAUGAUUUCCUUUUUCAGUUGCUCG